AGCAGGACCCCCCCCCUCCUCCUCCUCCUCCUCCCUCCUCCGACCCCUCUCCCUACGGGAAGUGCUCCCGGACCUUCAUCUCCUUCAGCGACGACGAGACCUUCGAGCGCUUCUUCCCGAAAUCCAAACCGCCGCGGCUGCCGGUGCGGGAGCUGUGCCCGGUGACCCACCGGCCGGCCCUGUACCGGGACCCCGUCACCGACAUCCCCUACUCCAGCAUCCGGGCCUUCCGCAUCAUCCGCGAGGCCUACAAGAAGUACAUCACGGCCCACGGCCUGCCCGGAGCCUCCCUGGGAAUUCCGGCGCCUCCCGAGCCCGGAGCCGCCCCCGGAGGAGCCGCCGCGGCCGCGGCCCGGCCGCCGAAGCGCAGAAAAUUCGUCAUAAACCAGAGCUUCCCAGCGCCUGAGCCCGGGGAACGGCGGGAGAAUGGCGGGAGAACGGUGGGAGAACGGUGGGAGAAUGGUGGGAUAAUGGUGGGAUAA